AUGCCUUUUGAGAUGAGAUUUGAGCCAAUCUUCAGAGCAGCAGCAGCAGUGAGGUCCAGGAGUCCCCCCGAUCCAUGGUAUUCCCCGUCCCCCCGCAAUGGCGGAGCACGAGGCUCCUCCCCGCGGGCACAGCGAGUCCCGCCGGGUCCCGUCCCGCCCCGCUCCGUGAGGGCGGAGCUUGCCGGCCCCGGGCCCGCGCCGGCCGCCGUCGGGCCGGGCGGGGCUGCGCGGAGGCCGCCAUGGCGGCGCGGGCUGGCUGUGCUGCCGGGCCGGGCUGUGGUGCGGGGCCCGGCGGGAGGCUCCCAGCCGCGCCCUCGCUGGGGCCGCGCCGCUUAUUCCUCGGCGCCCGCGGUGAGCGGCAAGGAAGGGCCGCAGCAGCGGGAAGCUUCAGUAAGGAGAAGAGGCAGGACACCACAGUUUGCUGUACCUCCCAGAACAGAGAGGAUGGCUGUGGAUCAGGACUGGAGCAGUGUUUAUCCAACAGCAGCUGCCUUUAAACCUGCCUCUGUGCCUCUCCCAAUCCGAAUGGGUUACCCAGUGAAGAGAGGAGUACCUCCCCCAAAAGAAGGCAACUUAGAACUUAUUAAGAUUCCCAAUUUUUUGCAUCUUACUCCUCCUGCAAUUAAGAAGCACUGUGCAGCUCUUAAAGAUUUCUGCACUGAAUGGCCAAGUGCUCUGGACAGUGAUGAGAAAUGUGAACAGCAUUUUCCCAUUGAGACCGAAACUGUAGAUUAUGUUUCUUCAGGGACGUCUAUUCGCAAUCCCAAAGCAAGAGUGGUGACUUUAAGAGUUAAACUUUCUAACCUGAAUUUGGAUGACCAUGCAAAGAAGAAGCUUGUUAAACUUGUAGGAGAGCGGUACUGCCGGGAAACAGAUGUGCUCACAAUUGUCACAGACAGGUGUCCCCUAAGAAGACAGAACUAUGAUUAUGGCAUGCACCUGCUCACGGUUCUGUACCACGAAUCUUGGAAAACUGAGAAGUGGGAGAGUGAGAAGUCUGAGGAAGAUAUGGAAGAGUAUAUCUGGGAAAACAGUCGCUCUCAGAAAAAUGCCUUGGACACGCUGCUUCGAAUAAAAGCCUCAGAGAAUGUCAGUAAUGUCUCUAAGGAAGAGCUGCUUGGAUCUGAAGUGGUUACGAAUUACAGAAACUCUGUAAUUGCACUUAAAAAUGAAGGUGAAACAGAAAGUAACAUGUCUCAGUAUAAGGAAUCCGUGAAAAAGCUGUUGAAUAUACAAGCAUGAAAGCAGACUCUGCAGGUACACCUGAUCAUUAUAGAAAUAUUAAGCUACUAUUAAUAUUUCUUAGUGACAUGGAUAUAUAAUUAUUCAGAACCUUAACCAAAAGUGUGAAACUUGAUGUUGAUAAUCACAGUAGUAAUCAGUUUUCUCUUUACUGCUCAAUUUUUUUUGUAAGCAUAGUUGUCCUGUCCACGAAUCUUGUUCUUUGAAUAAAGUAUGUUUGGAUUCAUAUUGA